CAACGUCAGCAUCACCGCAGAAAAUCAAAAGAAUGGGUCAGGCAUUUCGUCGAGCAUCUGGAAGGAUCCGUACAUCUCAACCUCCAUCUUCACCGUCUCAGCUGAAUAAGCCACUUGAUCGCACCCAACCGCUGCCCCCCUUAGAUGAUAAACUUCCCCACGGUCGUAAUGUUGACCCUAGUUCCGAGGGUCAACCAAGAAACAAUGCUGAUAAUGUUAUUGAAGAACGUGAUUCUCAAUAUGAUGCCAUGCUUAGCAAGAUGGUUGGCCGAAUUCAAACAAAACCUGGUGGGAAACUGGAGAUGGGUGAGGCAUUUGUGGUGGACAAGUACAAUAGACCCAUGCCAAAACUGAGAAAUACAACUCCAGAAACUGGCAGAUACGAACAAAUACCCGCUCCCCCAGGAACCUUAAACAUUGCUCAGCUUCGCCAGAUUAUUCUUCUAUAUCAUGGAAAAUCCAACGAUCAUAAAGGGCCCAUGGAUGUCAACCAAAUAGCAGAAAAGUUCCGUGUUGAUGUUGCUCAGGUUCAACGGACCGUCCAGUUUCUUUCUCUGCCUCCAGAAAGUGCCAAUAAACAGAAAAAUGAUCCAAGAUAACCCAGCCAUCAUUUACCCAUAACAGCAUUCAGCUCGAUACUACAGUUUCUUCGAGAUGGUUAAACAGAGAAUUAUAGCAGAUCAUACUUGUUCGUGGCAGAUACCUGCAUCUGCAUGUAUUGAAUAAAAACUCCGAGAAGCUUGGGAAUUGAGUAAACACAACUUGUAUGAAUUUCUGUUGAUUGUUUCUGGCAUGCUGUGAAAUUUACAGUUGAAUAACACAUUGGCCUACAUGUUGUAUGGCAGGCUGCAGGAAUGCAGAAUGCCCCAACUUUUUGUUGUCAUGAUUAUGGUCGCUAUCU